AUGGAGGACGAGUCAGGUCUGUGGAGGACGAGUCAGGUCUAUGGAGGACGAGUCAGAUCUGUGGAGGGCGAGUCAGGUCUGUGGAGGACGAGUCAGAUCUGUGGAGGGCGAGUUAGGUCUGUGGAGGACGAGUCAGGUCUGUGGAGGGUGAGUCAGGUCUGCAGAGGGCGAGUCAGGUCUAUGGAGGACGAGUCAGGUCUGUGGAGGACGAGUCAGGUCUGUGGAGGGCGAGUCAGGUCUGUGGAGGACGAGUCAGGUCUGUGGAGGGUGAGUCAGGUCUGCAGAGGGUCUGCGGAGGGAGAGUCAGGUCUGCGGAGGGCGAGUCAGGUCUGCGGAGGGCGAGUCAGGUCUGCGGAGGGCGAGUCAGAUCUGUGGAGGAUGAGUCAGGUCUGCGGAGGGAGAGUCAGGUCUGAGAGCGAGUCAGGUCUGCGGAGGGAGAGUCAGGUCUGCGGAGGGAGAGUCAGGUCUGUGGAGGGCGAGUCAGGUCUGUGGAGGGCGAGUCAGGUCUGUGGAGGGCGAGUCAGGUCUGCGGAGAGCGAGUCAGGUCUGCGGAGGACGAGUCAGGUCUGUGGAGGGCGAGUAAGGUCUGCGGAGGGCGAGUCAGGUCUGUGGAGGAUGAGUCAGAUCUGCGGAGGGUGA